AUGCAACGGAGACCAAGGAGAAAGACUAUUGCUGCUAAUAAACGUAGGAAGAUAAGCGAUUCUAAAGUGACCCUGACACCGACACCAGAGAGAGAAAGAAGGCCAUGGUCUGAUGUCCAUGAAGAUAUCAUGAGAUCCAUCAUGGAAAAAUUAUAUCCAGCUGAUCAAAUUCGCUUCCAAGCAUUUUGUAAAGAUUGGCCAAUACCUAGUUCGAAUUCUGGAACUGGGCCUCUACAGAGAAUGCCAUGGCUAUCGGCUUACUGGUGGUUUCAGGAUUCAAUUUCCGGUCAACAAACUCCUUCAAAGUUUUCAUUAAGUGCAAGCUUUGCGACUCGAUUAGCGAUAUUGCCGGGGGAAAAGAAUGGAAAUUCUUUGAUAAUGCUAAAGGACGUUAUCAAGCUGCCGGAAUUGAGUUCAAAGCACGUCGUUGUGACUAUCUCGUCUGCUCCAACCUCUCAAGGCUGCGUCCUGUUCGUAGCAUCUCUUCUUAGUGGCAACAAGCUCAGAAUCAGCACACGUCGAUGUGGCGACAAAGCAUGGAGCACACAGAAGUUUGACGGAGAAUUUGAGAAACCACAGAAGAGUGUGGUAUAUUUCGAAGGAGCUUUUUACUGUGUCUUUAAAGGUGGAAUGCUGGGAUUCUUCACUGUUGAAGAUGGGUCUUGGAGCUUGCUUACGACGUCCCUUGACCCUCUUCCAUGGUGGGAUGAAUUUGACAUGUACAGUGCUUACCUUGUUGAAUGUGAUGGGAAACUUUUAAUGGCCACUGUAUAUGAAACGUUUGAGGAGUGGAGGUUUUUCAGGUUUGAUUGGUCUGAGAUGAGUUGGGUUUUGCAAGAAAGAUUGGGAGAGUGGUCAUUAUUUGCAGGUGGUACUUCUUUUUUAGUGCCAGCAGUGGAGGGUAGGGAAUAUUUAGCAGAGAAAAUAUAUUACAAAUAUUUUUGGCAUGAUUGA